AUGCCUUUCCGUGUCUCUUGGGAGAGGCUAGCAGAGACGGCAACAUCAAGCGAAAGAUUCUUCGGAGACAAGAAUAUGCUUACCAACUUAUUCAUUAUUAUUCGAGAAAGUGGCACGGCAGCUGACCUCCGUAUGUGCUUAUCCGUGAGCAAGAAAUGGCACAAUAUCGCGUUCGAACUUAUCUACUGUAUUUUGACAGUGACAGAAGCCGAUAUCGAGUACUUUUUGGCCACAGCAGUGAAGAAUCCACGAAGAUCCCUCCCUAUAAAAUCGUUAACGGUUUUGACGAAAGCUAUCUGGCCUGAUACUGCCUGCCCGACGGGAAUGCUACCCCAAGCUAUCAGUAAACAGCUCCGCCAAUUGGCUAAAGUGAUUGAAAUUCACAUUCCCAUGCUGGAAUCAUUUUCAUUUCACGUGGACAAUUCUGCACUACAAUGCCCUCACCCUUCAUGGACCUCAUCGGACGAAAUGUGGCCAGCAUUUGAUGCAAUAGGACUCGCUCUCCUACUGGAGAAACUCCCACAGACAUGCAGGAACGUCGAGAUCGAUACUUGCGGGCUUGAGGUAGUUGGGAAUAUUCAUCUUUGUGACUCUAUCGCGCGGCUGAUUCCUAAUCUUGUUCAUCUCCGGCUGCGACUUCAUAGCAUUUGCCCGGACUUUAUUCCCUCGGCGGCUCAAAAAACUAGGCGGAAAAAGCCCAUAGCACCGGAUUUACGUUCCUUGAUUAUCAACUUUGAUAUUGACACUCAUGAUAGCACUUCAACAACACGUUGUCCUGGCGAUAUUGCUACUCGAAUUGAUGUCAAGCAGUCCCUUCGCCGCCUGCUUAAUGACAAAGAUUUCCCAAAGAUCCAGAGAGUGGAGAUAUAUGAAAGAGUGGACGACCCUGGGCCAGCGCUAAUGAAAUUUGAUAUCAUGCUGUCCACUCCUGGGGCGAUCUCAAGGAGUGCUCGUGGCAUCCACGAAGACGAACAUCCUAAUAGAUAUAACACUAUGGAACGUUCCUGGUGGUUCACCAAAUGCAGAGCCAGGCUAGUAUAUCCUGACGGCAAUUCACUACAGUUAACAGAAAGUCUUGCGGCCCGUACUCUCAAGCUACCCUGGAGUAUCCGUCAUUUUCUACCUGCAGAUUCUGGUGAUGAGUGGAGGGAGUUCACCCCUGGUAUUGAUGGCGAAGAGUUUGAGUUGGUUGCCCCUGGCGUUGUGCUCGAGGAAUUUGAAGAGAUAGGUUAG